AGGCGGGAACCCGGCCCACGGGCGCGGGGGGCCCCGCUGCGGAGGCGGAGGCGGAGGCGCAGCCCCGGAGCCGCCGCCCAGCGCGCCUGGCUCUCCGCGGGGGCUGCGAGCGGCUUCCUCCGCCGGCCGGGCGCGGGAUCGCAGUCCCCAGCCCUCGCUCGCCGCCGCCCGAGAGCCGCUCCCCGCCGCGCCGCUCGCCCCUGCGGAGCACAGGGUCAAAGUCUAUCACUGAGGAACAUCAAGAGCUGGGAAAGCCGCCCAUGAUGGAUCGCCUCCUUCUGGCUCUGCUUUUCCUGUUGCAAGGGGUCAACGGAAGCAGCCACCAUGCUGAAGAUUUCCGAUUCUGUGGCGAAAGAAGGCAAAUAAAGAAAAGCCGUAUUAUGUAUCAGAUGCAGUCAGAGAACAUCACCAUUGAGAACAGUGCUGAGACACUGAAAAUAGGUGCGCCAUUCCCAAACCUUGAAAACUACACUUUACCGGACAACUUGGGGAACUACCGCUUCUGCCUCUACUGGUACCAAAGGGACAGGAUUUUCAACCUCACGUAUGGCAGAAACAACUACACGCUGAGUACUGAGGCGAACCCUUCCUUCGAGUUUUCAACCCUGGACAAACUGCAGAAUAAAAGUGGGGUUUCUGUGCUUUUCAACGUGUCCUACGCCUACGGCAAAGACCUGCGGAACACCUCCCUCAGCAACGCUGAUGUUUACUUCUUCUCCGUCCGUGACAUCAGCAAGGUGCAUGCGAUUGAAGAACAAUUAAGGAAUUUAGCAAACUACAUGAAGAAUCCCAAUAAACCCACUGGAAGAAAGACCAAUGCCAGAAUACCAUAUGAGAGACUUCUGCAUUUGGAAUCGGACCUGGGACAGGUGGCGUUUGAAGGGGAGAACAAGACUUUUGGGACGAGUACAGUGCGUGCGACUGUUUUGAAGAUAGGAUCCAGCAAAGUCUCUCAGGAUCUGCCCUUCAUGUCUGAAUUGGAGGAGGGCAGAGAGGUCCAUAGGUUUGCGGUGAAUCUGCCGAGCAUCGUCUUUGCAAAGGCAAAGGGCAGGAGGAAGAGCGCUGAGAGGCGAGUGCUCCUGAUAGAUAUCAACAGCCAGGCCCUUUUCCAGGACCAGAACAGCAGCAGGGUGCUCGGUAAAAAGGUGAUUGGCAUCACCGUGGGGAACACCCCUGUAUCAGGCCUCCCCCAGGACGUGGUCCUCAAAUUCUUUCAUGACCAGCUACCGAGAAACGUGACUCCACGGUGCGUGUUCUGGGAUGUGGACUCCAGCCAUGGCCACGGCAGCUGGAAAAGUGAUGGCUGUAAAACAGAGACGGGUAAUGGCCAGACGGUCUGCCGUUGCAACCACCUCACCUAUUUUGCUGUGCUGAUGAUGUCCUCUCCGGGGAUAGAUUACAUCCACAAGGAGUACCUGAUGAUUAUCACCUACGUUGGCUGCAUUAUCUCAGCUGUGGCUUCCCUCUUCACCAUCAUCAUCUUCUGCUGCUCCAGGAGGAAGCACAGAGACGGCACCAUAAACAUCUACAUUCACAUGAACCUGCUGGGGGCCAUCUUCCUGCUGGAUGUGAGCUUCCUCAUCACUGAGCACUUGGCCUCCAUCGGCAGCGAGGCAGCCUGCAAAGCCGGCGGCAUGUUCCUGCACCUAUCUCUGCUCUGCUGCCUGACCUGGAUGGGCAUUGAGGGCUACAAUCUCUACAGGCUGGUGGUGGAGGUCUUCAACACCUAUGUGGAGCACUUCAUUUUCAAGCUCUGCAUGGUGGGCUGGGGACUUCCCAUCUUUAUUGUGGGUGUGAUCUUCCUGGCGGAUAAGACAAAUUAUGGACCAUUCCACAUUGAAGUAUUUGAAUCCCUUGAGAAAUCCACCAAUGCAACCAUAUGCUGGAUCACAGCCCCCCUGAUCCAUAACAUAGUCAAUCUGGGCAUCUUCAGCCUGAUGUUCCUCUUCAACUUGGUCAUGCUGGGAGCCAUGGUGUGGGAGAUCCUGAGGCAGAGGAAGAGAGGCCACAAGCUUAAGCACACCCUGGUGCUCCUCGGUCUGAGCCUUGUGCUGGGCAUCCCCUGGGGACUGGCGUUCUUCUCCUUUUCCUCGGGAUCGUUCCGGCUAGUCGUCAUCUACCUCUUCACCAUCAUCAACACUUUGCAAGGCUUCCUCAUCUUCCUUUGGUACUGGACAAUGAUGAGGCAGGUCAGAAAGUCGAAGUCCUACCCCUCACCGAAUAGCUCUGAUAGCACCACGAUGCCUUUCAGCACCGGCCGCACGAGCACAGACUGAAUCUCCUGCUUUCUCUGGUCACAGCUGGGACUGUCUCUGUCCUGUGCGUCAAGAACCAGGCAUCACACUCCCAGAGGGAGGUGGACGCAUCACAUUUGUCUAAUGCUCCUGCUUUGCUACACGUGGCCACGUUAAUCACAAGAAAUGUAUGGAAAUUCACACACGUACACCCAGACACUCUGAACUGGGAGCUGCCAGCAUGGAGUCUGUUAUUAGCUAAGAGCACGGCAGCAGCUCGGUUUCUCUCUGCACAUUCCCUUCUGGAUCUCUCGGGUCCAGCCCUGCCUGGUUCCCAGCUGCAUUAAACACCAUUCUUGUAGCACUGCAGUGGGCUCCCAGAUAGAUCACCCCUUCAGUAUAAACGUCACUGGAAAAGACAGUGUGUUAUAAGCCAGCAAGAGCUGCAGCCUUCUCUGAUGGGGGAUCAUGGACCUAGUCUAUUUCAUGCAUUUUUUGCCAGCCUAACAUAGGAAUCAAUAAUCUAUCUAAAUGCCCAGAGAGCCCUCGCGCCUGAAAUAAAAUAUUACGUGGCGAAUGCAUCUAGUUUUCAA